AUGCAAAGAUACGCGCUGAUGCCAAGGCUGUUGACCUCGGAGAGGGAGCGUCGAGGUCACUGGGACCUGUACCUGGCCCAGAACCUUACCCCCGACCCAGGAGACACUUCGCACCGCCUCGUCCGCGGCGAUCAUCUGCCGCCCGCUUCCCCUCUUCCUUCCCUCCUCUUCCCCUCCUGUGUAACUCGCGGUCAUGGAGGCCGGUACCUGGACCCGACACCAUAUCGGGUUAUUCAUACCUGCGCCAGUCUGCACAGCUAUGACCUCCUCAUGACGAAUCAGAGGAGUGCGCAGCUUGCUCUCAGGCGAGUGUUGCCAGAGGAUCGCAAGGGGCGGAGUUCGGGAAUGGCAGAGCUGGAAUUGACCGAUUCCAGCCAAAUGCUUGCCGAGGCAUGGGAUCACGAGAGUCGGUCGGAGGAUAACCUUAAUCCAGGCGUGGCUUUGGCGGUCCGAGCACCGCGACACCCCACUCGAGCCCUCUUCGCGCACGACCUGCAUGUGACCAGCAAGGUAUAG